AUGCGCCGACAACUCGUUUCGGCAUCGUGUUGGCACGCGUCCUCACGGCGAUACUUCUCGAGCACUCGCUCUCGCGACGAUGUGAUCGACCUCGCUUUUCACAGGCACGACCCGCCGGCUGAGUCUGGCAGCAAGAUCAAAGGCCCGCCCAUCGUGCUGAUGCACGGGUUGUUCGGGUCGCAGCGAAACAAUCGCACGAUGAUGUACAACAUCGACCUCCGCAACCACGGCGACAGCGCACACUCUCCGGCGCACGACUACACAUCGAUGGCGGAAGACGUGGAAGCGUUCAUCGCCGCACAGCAACUCCCAAAACCGACGCUGAUCGGACACUCGAUGGGUGCGAAAGUGGCCAUGACACUCGCACUGCGGUCCCCCAACAAAUACUCGGCCCUGAUCCCCGUGGACAACGCCCCCGUGGACGCGGCGCUCAAGUCGGACUUUGGGAAAUACGUGAAUGCGAUGCGCGAAAUUGACGAGCAGGGCCCGCAGCACAUCCAGAAGCAGAGCGACGCAGACAAGAUCUUGGCGAAAUACGAGCCGGACGUCUCGAUCCGCCAGUUUCUGCUGACGAACCUGGUCAAGAUGGCCCCGAAGCGUGCACCGGCGCACAAGGCGGGAGACCACCGACAUGCGCACAAGACGGAGCUGAGGCUCCGCAUCCCGUUGCAGACGCUGGCCAAGUCACUGCCCGCCAUGGCGGAUUUCCCGUUCAAGGACCCGGACGUCGCGCGGUUCGAGGGCCCGACGCUAGUGGUGCGUGGGACCAAGAGCCAUUAUGUCGCGGACGAGACGUUGCCGCUGAUCGGAAAUUUCUUCCCGCGCUUCGAGCUGCUGGACUGCGACUGUGGGCAUUGGGUCAUGGCGGAGAAUUUCGAGCAAUUUCGGGCUGGGGUCGUUGAGUGGAUCGAGAGGGUUGUCGAUGAGAGCUGA